CUCCUCCCACUGAUGAUGGCCUGUCCCAAACACAAGACAAAAACAAAUCGCGCAUACAAAGGGACGUAAAUACUAGCGGGUGCUCUGUUCGCCACGACCGAUCUGUUCAUCUUCCCACUGGCAAUUCAACCUCAGAUAAAGAUGGUUUCUCCGGUCACUGUGGUCAAGAGCGAGGGUCCAAAGCUUGUUCCGUUCUUCAAAGCCACUUGCGUCUACUUUGUUCUGUGGUUGCCCACCUCGAGCCCCACCUGGUACAGUGCCCUCAUCAAAUGCCUGCCCAUCUUCUGUCUUUGGGUUUUUCUGCUCGCUCAUGGCUUCAGCUUUUUAGGUGCCCACUCCAGUGCCAGGAAAAUCCUGGCAGGACUUAUUUUUUCAGCUUUGGGUGAUGCAUUUCUCAUCUGGCAAGAACAAGGCUACUUUAGUCACGGACUGCUAAUGUUCGCCAUCACCCACAUUCUCUACUCUUCGGCCUUUGGGAUGAAGCCCAUCAACUCCAGAGCAGGUCUGGUCAUCGCUGUCAUCUCAGGCCUCAGCUACACCCUUCUUUACCCCUACCUCUCUGGUCCCUUUACCUACCUGGUGGCCGUUUACAUCGCUCUCAUCGGCUUCAUGGGCUGGAGGGCCAUUGCUGGAGUCCAGCUCGCCAAUGACCUGUGGACCUGGACGAAGCUGUCGGCCUGCCUCGGAGCCGUCCUCUUCAUGGUAUCUGACCUCACCAUUGCCGUCAACAAGUUCUGCUUCCCUGUGCCCCACUCUCGAGCCAUCAUAAUGGCGACCUACUAUGCAGCACAGAUGUUGAUCGCACUGUCGGCAGUGGAAUGUCAAGAUGCCGAUGCAUCUUGGAAAAGAGCCUGAGGGACCAUACAUUAACCAACCUUCCCCUAAUGACUCAACAUCAGUAGCAGCUGCACAGGUUCAAGUUCCACUUCCUGAAACCUCUGGUCCUCCCACAGUUCCCCUGUCUGAGCACGACUGGGAUAUAUUGGUUAUAGUUGAAGAAUCGCCUGUUUAAAUCCAUGUAAGACCAGACCAAUGGGGGAAUUCUUGCUGGAUUCAUGUACAAGGUUUGAUAGUCUUGGUCUUUAGUCUAUUGACUUAGUCAAGUCUCUCACCAUAGUUCCUCAGUCUUACAAUACUGCAUUUGUUUCCUACAUUCCUCUAGUAGUACCACUAUUUUGGUGUCAGGAAAGGACAGACAGUUUUUGAGUUCUGGUUACUAGAUCCUCAAUAUACCCUACUUCCUUACCGUAGCAUGUUCUCCAUUUCAACCACAGUGUCUUCUCAGUGUCUCUGAUACGUUGUCCUCUUCAGAUAGUCCGAUAGUCCUUGAUGGCUUGUACUGUGAACAAAGAGAGAGUCUUGAGUGACUAGUCUUCAUCUGGAACCUACUUUCAGUCCUGCAGAAUGGACCAGCAAACAAUACAAAGUGGUUCUGGUUUUUCUUAGGGGCUGGUUUCCCCGUCUCACCGUAGAUUUCCCAAACGUAAUCAGAGAGUAGCAAGAAAAUCAUUUCAUAUUAAAGCAGAUAUGUUACCGUAGUGCUGCUGUAUUGAAAAUCAAUGCACAAUCUUUGCUGUAGUAUUGUGAGGUAUACCUUAAUGUUUAUCCUGUGUCACUGACACAUUUUAAAGUGUUGAUUUCAGUAGAACACAAACCGUCAUGUCUAAAUACACAUGUGCUGGAGUAGCCUAGUUGUCUCGGCUCAAAUAGGCCAUCAUGUCCUAAUGACUGCAACCAGCGCUAGCGUU